AUGGAGCAGCGGGAGACGAUCUCGGCGUGCGCAGCAUGCAAGAAAAUGAGCCGCGAAUGUCCGCCGGACUGCAUCUUUGCGCCUUAUUUCCCCGCGACCAGCACCAGUUUUGACUGCGUGCAACGCAUAUAUGGAUGCGACAACGUCGGGAGGAUUCUCCAGAGUUUGCCGGUCGAGGAGCGCCGGGUGGCGGCGGAGUCGCUGGUGUUCCAGGCGAAGGCGCGCAUCCGUGACCCUAUCUUUGGCUGCGUAGGCUACAUUUGUUUCCUCCAGCAUUACCUCGCCCAAAUAGAUCGUGAGAUACAGGAGACCGAGGCUGAAAUUUCUGCUGCGGGCUAUCAACCACCGCAACCUCCACCACCGGAGCAGCACUGGCACCAGAUACCUCAGAUGCUGGAGAUGCCUCAGAUACCUUCGACGCCACCACCGCAGGAGACGACUAGGACAGAGAAGAAGAAUGGAUAG